CUCCACACCUCCGACAGAUGGCGCUAACAGUCACCGGCUUCCACUUUCAUGACAUCACGGUGAGGGCUCUUCUUACUGGAUAGUUCUGCCUGUAUAAACACCAGUUAACGACAAGCUCCUCAAUCCAAAGGAAUCAAUGGUAUGGACUUGUCUGGGUCCAAGCGGGUAAUAAAGUGAUGGUCUAAAGACUCGCAAUCACAAGGGGUGCUUGCGCCUGGAAUGUUGCGCUGGUCGGUGCAUCUAGAAGGAGGGCCACGGAGAGUCAACCAUGCUGCUGUGGCGGUGGGGCACAAGGUCUACUCCUUUGGGGGCUACUGCUCUGGGGAGGACUACGAGACGCUGCGUCAGAUCGAUGUGCAUGUCUUCAACUCAGUGUCUCUGCGCUGGAUGAAGUUGCCCCCAGUGAGGACGGGGGGACACGAACGGGCUCGUGAAGUGCCGUACAUGCGUUACGGCCACACAGCUGUGCUGCUGGAUGAUACGAUCUACCUCUGGGGCGGGCGUAACGACACAGAGGGGGCCUGCAACGUGCUGUACGCCUUUGAUGUCAAUACCCACAGGUGGUUCACGCCCAAGAUUUCAGGGGCAGUUCCUGGGGCGAGGGAUGGCCACUCAGCCUGUGUGCUAGGAAAGGCCAUGUACAUAUUUGGAGGAUACGAACAGCUGGCUGACUGCUUUUCUAAUGACAUUCACCGUCUGGAUACCACCACCAUGGUUUGGUCGCUAAUUAAUGCCAGAGGCACACCGGCACGAUGGAGAGACUUCCACUCAGCCACCAUCAUUGGGACAAAAAUGUUUGUGUUUGGAGGGAGGGCAGACCGCUUUGGCCCCUUCCACUCCAACAACGAGAUCUACUGCAAUAAGAUCAAAGUGUUUGACACAGAGACCAACUGCUGGCUGAGCACCCCAACCACACAGCUGUCGCCAGAGGGACGCAGGAGUCAUUCAGCCUUCUGCUACAAUGGAGAGCUCUACAUAUUUGGAGGCUACAAUGCCCGCCUGGACCGGCACUUCAACGACCUUUGGAAGUUUAAUCCAGAACAAUUCUUGUGGAAGAAGGUAGAGCCAAAGGGGAAAGGCCCGUGUCCACGGCGGCGGCAGUGCUGCUGUAUGGUCGGAGAUCGAAUUGUCCUCUUUGGAGGAACAAGCCCCUGCCCAGAGCAAGGGAUGGGGGAUGAAUUUAACCUCAUGGAUCAUUCAGACUUGUACAUCUUAGACUUCAGCCCUAAUUUGAAGACAUUAUGCAAAAUAGCUGUUAUUCAGUACAGUCUGGAGCAAUCAGGACUCCCACAUGAUAUCAGAUGGGAACUGGCAGCCAUGACGACCAACAGCAACAUCAGCAGACCCAUCUUCUCCUCGCAUGGUUGAUGCAGCUGCAGACGAAACAGAACCAGGACUCUGUUUCAGAAAAGCUGAACUUUUAUUUUUAAAUCGUCCUGGUCGACUGAACUCUGAGGACUGCUUUGGAUUUAUCUUCCACAUUCUUCAACUGAAAACUCAUCACUGACCAAACUGUCCUGGCAUAAGACUUCAGCAGACAGAAGGGCCUUGCCCUGCCUAAGGAUGUAUUUUAAUCCUCGGCACUCGUUGUUGUGGGCGAUGACGCUUGUUCAGAUUUUCCUCUUCUUUCUAGCCUCUCUAGGAACCCAAUCAGCCUAUGAUAAUCAUAGACAUGCAACUUCUAAUCUUAAGCACAGGAAUCGACGAGAAUUUCAGCCAAAGGCUCUUGAGCGCAAGCGACUGUUGAAGAUGUCAAACGCCCUGAAGAAACAAAUCUUCAGCUGCAGAUCUGAAGAGACUGGCUCACAUUCAGUAAAGGACAGAGUUAUCAGGACUUGCAGAAAGUCUAAGUGGUUUACUUGUUUCACCACAACAUGAAAGCCUCCCUGCUGCUCUGAAAAGGCUCCUAAAUGAUUUACAAGACAGCUAGAGAAAGCUGUAAAAUAAUCAAGGGCAUCUACCUCCCUCUAAAGUAUUUCUCAUUGGGUCUUUGACACCUCCUGUACAUUCGACACCUGCUAGUCCCCAGAAAAAAGAAAGAAAUGUUGCAAAGAAGUGUGACCAACCUGCUGAGUAACUCCUCUAACUUCAGAGGAUUUCAAUAUCAAAUGCAGAAAAGAUCAUUUAUCUCACAGAUACACAUUCUGUCUGAGUUAGAGAGAUUAUCUCAUGAAUGCAUUUUGUUUGUAGACAAUCCUUCGGCUUUCAAACCGGUUCAUUUAUCAAGCAGAUCAAAAUCAACGGAAAUGUUUGUGUGCGCAGCGUGAAGAAAACGUUUUGUUCAUUUAAGAAAAAAAUAGGCUGUGGUAACAAAGUCUAAUUUAUUUCAGAUUUCGUUGACACGUCUCAAAAGUAAGACCAAAACAAACUGUGUAACAUCGUCUCAUCGCUUCCCUGCCUCGCUGCGGCCCGUUUGUUCCUGCUGGUUGUUGUUUCUCCAGCGUAACGUUUUUAACCCUCAGCAGCAAGUAUGUGGAGGCAGGGCAGGGUGCAGUUUAAACAUCAUACUGAUAAAUUUCGUUUUAGCUUUUGAGCUUUGUGAUCAGUAGAUCCAGGAAGUCGCAUCUUUCCUUCAAAUCUGAAAAUAAUGAAUCGUUCUCUUUUUCUCAUGUUUUCAAAUCAGAUUUCAACUUAAUCUAAAACCUGAAGUCGUCGUUUCAGUCCACUCUCCAUCCUCUGCCCUUCCUUAGGGACCAAGUCUGUCUUAGCUUUCGGUAUUGACAUCAGUUUGCUCCUGCAGUGGCAGCUACAGUACAUCUCUCGGUGCCCUAAGAAAACAACAAUAAAUGUGUUUUUUUACUGCAGCACAUUAAUCUCUCACUGAAACUUUUCAUUAGAUCCUUUGUUAAAUUUGAAUGCAGUUAGUCAGCAGGAAUAAAAAAAAACCCAUAAUGUUUUAAGAAAUAAUUGUUAAAAUCACUAGUGGCACAAUUAUUGGACCUUUGUGUUCAACUUGUUUCCUUUAGCCUCUGGCCUCCUGGCUGGGCAAGGAUCAGAUUAUCUUACCAAUCUGCACAGAUAUAAAAAUCUAAAAGAGAUUAUCUGUAAGUGUUUCCAGAAAAAGAUCAUUUUCCAUCCUACCAUCACAAACAUGAACAUGGGCUUUGAAAAAUUAAACUUAUCUGCAAUAGAAGCUCCAUUUGUGUUUGGCAUUAAAAAAUUAAUUUAUGUUAAAAAUUACCUUUUGUUAAUUGUGAAUUAUGGUGGUGAAUUUGUUUCAGAGAGUUCAUGGCAUCAGAUUACAUACCUUACCAGAAAGUAAAAUCUGUGAAUAAUGAUUCAAAAUAAGUGGGAAAAUCAACCUCUUUUACUGACCUUAUAGAAAAGUGAUGUGAAAAAUUGGAGUCAUCUGCUCCAACUAUCUAUAAACAUUAUAAUAGAAGAUGAAAUAAAUAUUGAUAAAAAACUGACCACAGGGUGACCAAUAUGUGUGCCACUUGUAAUUUAGUUAACAAUCUAUAUGUUCAGUAUCAGAUUAAGCUUCUGUCAUGAAGGAUUUAUUUAUAUUAAAGCUCACAUGUAAAAUUUAGCUCGCAGUGUCAUUUGACGGAUGCAGGGAAACUUUUCAAGGCUCUGAAUCCCGAACAUCAGGAUCUAACACCAUUUUAAAUGUUUACACAACAGAAUCUGAGUAAAACAGUCUGUAGCUGCAGCUUAGUCACCAGGUUUCUGCACUAUCGCCAAAUGUGGCACGUCUGGCCUUACAGAGAUGAGAAACUGCUUUUUUUGCCUAGGUAGACUUGAGAGUUUUUAAUGUUAACCUACACAAACCAGUUCAGACUUUUCUUUACAGACCAGCAGUGCCAACGUGACCCAGCAAGUCCGACAGUCCUUGCACUACACACACGUACACUUUACAGAUUUCGUUAGAGGAUAAUGCAGUGAAAUCACAUUUAAGCCUAUUUUAUUUUUUCACAUACUGAAAAAUAACAAAACGCAAAACGGAGAUUUUGUUUUUGUCUCAAUAUAGUGUGAAAGUAAUUUAAAUUUGAACGUUUGUUGCCUUUGAAGAUUCUGAAUGAUCAUAAUAUUUGUCCUUUAAAAGAAGCAAAUACUAAAUAAUUACGGAGGCAAAAGAAAAUAAUAGUAAUAUAAAUCCCUCAUAUAUUGCUCAGAAACAAGAUGGGGUUUCACUCGCAAUGCAGGAAAUGCAGUUUCUAAUUCUCCUCUCCUGGUUUUUGUUAAACCUGACAGCUUCAACACGAGCUGGAAAAAUUAAGUAUAAAGGAGAGUGUUUUGGUUCCUUUUACAACUAUAUAGGCUCUUUAUUCUGUUUUUUUUUUUUCACAACGUUUUAAAAGGGGAUUCCUUGUGUGGCAAAGGCUGGCAGGAUCUCCUGUGCAAUAUGCUUUAUAAGUGUAUAAAUAAAUUGAAAACACUUUAA